GGGACGGUCCGUUGCCGCUCCGCCCCCCCCCGCCCCCGCCAUGAACUACCAGCACCUCCAGCAGCAGCAGCAACUGGCCAACUCGGCGGCCAUCCGGGCGGAGAUCCAGCGCUUCGAGUCGGUGCACCCCAGCAUCUACUCCAUCUACGAGCUUCUGGAACGGUUGGAGGAGCCGGCUCUGCAGGGCCAGAUCCGGGAGCACGUCAUCGCCAUCGAAGAUGCCUUUGUAAAUAGCCAGGAGUGGACACUAAGUCGAUCUGUGCCAGAACUUAAAGUGGGAAUUGUGGGCAACUUAGCUAGUGGUAAAUCUGCCCUGGUACAUCGAUAUCUGACUGGGACGUAUGUCCAGGAGGAAUCACCAGAAGGUGGGAGAUUCAAGAAGGAGAUAGUAGUUGAUGGACAGAGUUACCUGCUGCUGAUUAGAGAUGAAGGUGGUCCUCCUGAGGCACAGUUUGCCAUGUGGGUGGAUGCUGUUCUAUUUGUCUUCAGCCUAGAGGAUGAAAUUAGCUUCCAAACCGUGUACCACUACUAUAACCGUAUGGCAAACUAUCGCAACACUAAUGAAAUCCCAAUGGUACUUGUGGGUACUCAGGAUGCUAUAAGUUCCAGUAAUCCUCGUGUCAUUGAUGAUGGUAGAGCGCGGAAACUGUCGAAUGAUUUGAAAAGAUCUACCUACUAUGAAACCUGUGCUACCUAUGGGCUGAAUGUGGAUAGAGUCUUUCAGGAUGUUGCACAGAAGAUUGUUGCAACAAGGAAAAAACAGCAGUUUUCGAUAGGCCCUUGCAAAUCCCUACCAAACUCUCCAAGCCACUCAUCUGUAUGUUCAGUCCAGGUUUCUGCAGUACAUAUCAGCCAGACCAGUAACGGAGGAGGGAGUUUAAGUGAUUAUUCCUCCUCUGUCCCAUCUACUCCAAGCACCAGCCAGAAGGAGCUACGGAUUGAUGUUCCACCUACCACAAAUACUCCAACUCCUGUUCGUAAACAGUCCAAGCGCCGGUCCAACCUUUUUACGUCUCGGAAAGGGAGCGACCCAGACAAAGAGAAGAAAGGACUGGAGAGCAGAGCAGAUAGUAUUGGAAGCGGUCGUGCAAUUCCAAUUAAACAGGGCAUGCUGCUGAAGCGAAGUGGCAAAUCUUUAAAUAAAGAGUGGAAAAAGAAAUAUGUUACUCUCUGUGAUAAUGGCGUACUGACCUAUCAUCCAAGUUUACAUGAUUAUAUGCAGAAUGUUCACGGAAAAGAAAUUGAUCUUCUGAGGACCACAGUUAAAGUCCCAGGGAAGAGGCCACCUCGAGCUACAUCAGCAUGUGUACCCAUCUCCAGUCCGAAAACAAAUGGCUUGUCCAAAGACAUGAGUAGUUUACAGAUAUCACCAAAUUCCGGAAAUGUGACUACUAGUACUUCUGUGUCUCAGAUGGCAAGCGGCAUCAGUCUGGUUUCCUUCAACAGUCGCCCUGAUGGGAUGCAUCAGCGUUCCUAUUCAGUCUCCAGUGCCGACCAGUGGAGUGAAGUGACAGUUGUUGCAAACUCAGGCAUUAGUAGUGAUACUGGCUUGGGAGAUUCUGUGUGUUCUAGUCCAAGUAUAUCUAGCACCACAAGUUCUAAGCUGGACCCUCCUCCUUCCCCUCAUGCAAACAGAAAAAAGCAUCGCAGGAAGAAAAGCACAAGCAAUUUUAAAGCUGAUGGUAUCUCAGGCACUGCCGAAGAACAAGAAGAAAACUUUGAAUUUAUCAUUGUGUCUCUUACUGGUCAGACUUGGCACUUUGAAGCUACAACAUAUGAAGAAAGAGAUGCUUGGGUCCAAGCUGUAGAGAGUCUUCUGGCCAGCCUGCAGUCAUGUGAGAGCAGCAAGAAUAAGUCCCGACUGACAAGUCAGAAUGAGGCCAUGGCCCUUCAGUCAAUAAGAAACAUCAGAGGCAAUUCUCGCUGUGUGGGCUGUGGGGCACAAAAUCCUGACUGGGCAAGCUUAAAUCUGGGAGCACUCAUGUGUAUUGAAUGCUCAGGGAUACACCGAAACCUUGGCACACACGUGUCCCGUGUGCGCUCACUUGACUUGGAUGAUUGGCCCAUUGAACUCAUCAAAGUAAUGUUGUCCAUUGGGAACGAGUUAGCAAAUAGCGUGUGGGAAGAAAAUACCCAGGGACGGACAAAACCCUCUCCAGACACCACAAGGGAAGAAAAAGAGCACUGGAUCCGAGCAAAAUAUGAGCAGAAGCUCUUCCUUGCUCCACUGCAGUGCUUAGAGUUUUCCUUAGGCCAGCGCCUGCUAAGAGCAACUGCGGAGGAAGAUUUGCGAACAGUCAUCCUGCUUCUUGCUCAUGGGACACGAGAAGAAGUAAAUGAAACCUGUGGAGAUGGAGACGGGCGUUCAGCCUUACAUCUAGCAUGCCGGAAAGGAAAUGUGGUGUUGGUGCAACUGUUAAUUUGGUAUGGUGUUGACGUUAUGGCCCGCGAUGCCCAUGGAAAUGGUGCUUUGGCCUAUGCCAGGCAAGCCACCAGCCAAGAGUGCGUUGACAUUCUCCUGCAGUACGGCUGCCCAGAUGAGCGCUUUGUCCUUAUGGCUACUCCCAAUUUAUCACGGAAGAACACGAAUAGGAACAACAGCAGUGCAAGGAUGCCCACCAUCAUCUGAAAAUACUGGUUCUUGCUUUCUGACAUUACUAAUAUUCAUGCAGCCUCAUGUUAUGCAUUACUUUCACAGCUGAAGCCCAUGAGUCUGUAAAGUAGCCCUUCUUUUCUCCUCAGGUCUCACUUUCUCCAGAGAGGGUGGGAAUUGCCUGGCUACUGUAAAAAGACAAGAAGGAGAAGGAGAAAAGAGGACUGCAGAAACCAUUUGUUUUAAUAAAAAUAACUCAAAGGAUGGAACUGUAGAUGGGAGGGGAAGACAAAGAGAGGUCAUGGAUUCACUAAUGAUAGCACAUGACAUGGGACCAUUUGACUGGGUGUCUCGAGGCAAGACUCCCAAGGCAAGUAUUGCAUGAGAGUUACUGGAGGGAAACAACAGGGGGAAGACGAGAAGAAAUUGCAACUUUCCUUAACUGACAGUUAAGCACAUCAGUACAAUUCACCUCUACCAAACUGAACAUUUGGAUUUCAUUCCCUUUUCUGAAGAGCUUGACGGCAUAAAUCAGAAGCAAGCACAGAGUUUGUCAGGUCUGAAGCUCCUAUGAUGGUAUGUGUCAAAUCAGUUGUAGCUAAUCUGUCCAGGGAGAAUACUGGCUUCAUUACACUUGUAUAGUUGAGUUCUUCCAGCAUUACUGCUGUUUAAUAGAACAUGAUUAGUCAUCACGGAGAAAAAAGCAUAUUAGCUGAGGAGGUAGUUACAUGGCACGCUUCGGUGAUUGCUUGGAUGUGAUUGCAAUAUUCUUAGAAGCAUCAUAUUAUCUCAGACAUGUUCUUUCAAGCCCUUGGAGCCCUCCUUUCUAAAUUCACUGUCAUAAUUUAGUAUCUGUUUAAUUUUUCAGUCCAAAGAGAGGAAAUCAGUUGCUGAGUAUUAUUUGACUGCAGCCUCCUUGGUGUAAAAACAAAAUGGAAAAAAUAAAUAAGAAUAGCUAUGAAAUGCAAAAAGGAUUAAUGAAUACUGCUAAGGAAAAAAUAUUUCAAGCUCAUUUAUGAGAAUAACUACAUAAAAGGCUAAUUUUUUCCCUCCUGAGAAAUACAUUGUUCACUUGCACCAAUAUGAAUGUGUUGAGUUUCAC